CGUCUACUGGACUUCAGCGCGCUGUUGGAGAAUUAUUUCAAAUAAAUUGUACCGUAAUAUUAUUCUAAGAAUGUCGGACCCCGCUGCAUCCAAGGUGUACGAUUCAAAUACGUUGUUCUUGAUGGAACUUCGACAAAAAUGCUUAACGAAUGCAACAGCAGUGAACACGACAAAGAAAUUGUGUCCAAGGUAUUUUGAUGGUUAUGCGUGCUGGGAAGAAACAUCACCUAAUGUCACUGCUUUUGCCCAGUGCCCGUAUUAUGUGAUGGGAUUUGAUCCAUCCAGAAAAGCAUUUAAGAACUGUCUAUCAGAUGGCACGUGGUACCGACAUCCGGAGACCGGAAAACAAUGGGCAAAUUACACCAGCUGUGUGGACGUUGAAGACUACGAGUUUCGAGAACUAAUAAACACGCUGUACAUAUUUGGCUACUCAGUCUCGCUGGCCGCUCUGCUCACUUCAUUGCUGAUUUUCUUCACGUUCAAGACUUUGAGGUGCACUAGGAUCGCUAUACAUGUGCACUUGUUUAUAUCAUUGGCACUGAACAACCUCACAUGGAUAAUUUGGUACAAAACGGUCGUGCAAGACCUGUCGAUUGUCAAACAAAACGGGAUAUAUUGUCGGGCUUUACACGUGGCUUUACAAUUUUUUAUGGUAGCUAAUUACAUGUGGAUGUUCUGCGAAGGACUGCACUUGCACAUGGCAUUGGUGGUGGUGUUCGUCAACGACGUGUAUGCGAUGCGUUGGUUCUACGCUAUCGGCUGGGGUGCGCCCGCAGUGCUUACCGUUCUGUAUGUUUCGUGGAGGAGUAAUUCUGAAGACACCACGCAGUGUUGGAUGCACGACAGCCACUGCCAGUGGGUGCUGACUAUACCGGUUUUCGCCUCCAUACUGACCAGCUUACUGUUCCUGAUGAACGUCAUGCGGGUGCUACUGACCAAACUGCACCGAAAUUCGACAAACCCGGCGCCAAUCGGCGUCCGUAAGGCGGUCAGGGCAGCUCUGAUCCUAGUUCCGUUGUUUGGCAUACACUACAUUCUCAUACCGUAUAGGCCCAAGCACAAGACCACCAUAGAAACAGUUUAUCAAAUAUUUUCCGUAAUACUUGUGUCCACCCAGGGCCUCUGUGUAUCCGUGUUGUUCUGUUUUGCCAACGUUGACGUACAUGGAGCGUUUCACAAGUAUAUACGGAGGAUCAAGAGACGUGGCACUACGCACACCAACGUAACGGGCACUACACAACCAGUCCAAUCGCAGAUAAGGGACGCCAUCGUCUGAGUGGCGACAGAAAAACAUUAUAUCAUAAUAUAUUACACAGUUGAACAUUUUGAAAACAUUCAGCAGAAUCUUUUCGCGGCAAAACUUGUAUGCUCCCAGUCCUCUGAAAAUAAAAAUUAAAACUUUUUAAAUAAACAAUAGUGAAUACAGUCAUUCGUCAAUAUAUUAUUACUA